GGAAUGUUGCUCCUUGACCCCGUAGCUAUGCCUUUCAGACGCCACAGUGGAAAGUCUUGCAUUUGUGCGCAGUAGGUUCGCGGUUUUUGGUUGUGCGUUUUUUAUUAUCAUUAUUUAAGUAAUCAUAGUGAAUAUGGCACAGGAACUUAGUUAUCAGUCAAUCAAAACAGCAAAUCAAGUGCGAGAGUCGGAGGAUCAGCGACAAGAAACUCGCAAAAGAAAUUUAUUGAUUUUGAUAUUGUCACAUUUAUCAGACAAUGGAUAUCUAGAAUCUAUGGCAUCUUUGUCACAAGAAGCAAACCUAAGUUUAUCUAGAUGGCAGGUAUGUGACAACGUUGACCUGGAUACAGUUUUACAAGAAUUUGAAUCAUAUUAUUACAUCAAAUUUCAAAAACAUCCAAAAAUUGUCAAGAAAAUUGUUACAAGUGCAGAACCAUCAAGAGGAAAGAUAAACCGGGUUAAGCGUCCAUCUGUAGCAGGACUGAAUGGGAACAACAGUAAUAAUGCAACUCAUUUGACUAACUCUUCAUCUCUUCCACAUAUUACUAAUUUAACUGGAAAUCCGAACGGAUCAGCUCGUAGAAUACGACCUGCGUCGGGGAAUGAUGCAAAGAAAAAACUCGCUUCUAGAACACAAGGAAAAGAAUAUUUGAGACAAAACAGUAACGCGAGUGAGAAAUCUUCUACAAAUGAAUCAGUAACCGUAAGACCUGCUGAUUUAGGUUUGACUGUAUCAUCAGUUGGAGUGCGAGAUGAGAGAAAAACUGAAAAUCCUCGAAAGGAAAUCAUUGAUAUGCGUGCAAUAUUAAAUGAUGCUAUCAAAGGGGCUGGAAGUGAUAUUGUAACUGAUUCACACAAUUCUUUUGAUCGUUUGGUUAAACCAUUAGGUGGUUUUGUUGGCUUCAAUCAUGAAAUGAGAGAACUUGCCACAGUAAUAAGUCGAGAUAUUUAUUUACAUAAUCCUAGUGUAAAAUGGAGUGACAUUGUCGGCUUAGAAUCUGCUAAGAGAUUAGUGAAGGAAGCAGUUGUUUAUCCUAUAAAGUAUCCACAAUUAUUCACUGGAAUUUUGUCACCAUGGAAGGGUUUGUUAUUAUAUGGACCACCAGGAACUGGUAAAACACUUCUGGCAAAAGCAGUUGCAACAGAGUGCAAUACAACAUUCUUUAAUAUAUCAGCUUCCACUAUUGUUAGCAAAUGGAGAGGAGACUCCGAAAAAUUGGUAAGAGUGCUUUUUGAGUUAGCGAGAUUUCAUGCACCUUCUACUAUAUUUCUUGAUGAAUUGGAAUCUGUCAUGAGUCAAAGAGGAUCGGGUCCUGGUGGUGAACAUGAAGGAAGUAGAAGAAUGAAAACGGAAUUACUUGUACAGAUGGAUGGUCUCGCAAAAUCAGAUGAUCUCGUAUUCGUUCUGGCUGCAUCGAAUUUGCCAUGGGAAUUAGAUCAUGCAAUGCUUCGUCGUCUGGAGAAAAGAAUACUUGUUGAUCUUCCAAAUCAUGAAGCAAGAAAAUCUAUGUUUUAUAGGUUUCUACCUCCGAAAAAUAGUGAAGGAAGUUUGAUCAUCAACACAAACCUUGAUUACGGAGCUCUAGCUGAGAAAACUGAGGGAUAUUCUGGAUCAGAUCUUAAAUUAGUUUGUAAAGAAGCAGCAAUGCAAGUUGUCAGAAAAAUAUUCAAUACCUUGGAGAAUCAUGUUGAAGGAGAACAACUUCCAGAUUUCACUCUGGACACUAUAUCAACAGCAUGUGUUUUAGAUGUUCUUAUUCACACUAAGCCAUCAACUGCUAAGCUGAGCCACAAGUACAAAGACUGGCAAACGAAAUAUGAAUCUGUUUAGUGAUUUUGCGAUAUUCCAGAGGAACAAUUAUUACUGAAUUAGAAAUUAUAAAAUUCAGUCAAGUAAUUCAUGACAUAUGGUUACACUUUAUUCACUGUAACUAAGCAAGUCUUAAUUUAUUCUUGCUUGGUCAAGCCACUUGUACUGUGAAAUUUAAUUUAGUGCUAUUUAAAAAUUUGUACACAACUUUACAGUAUUUUGUGCACUUUUUUAAAGUGGAAAAAGUACUAUGUAGUAUUAUGCCCGCUUACUAAUUGUCACAUUUUUAUAAGAAAAUUUUAGUGAUAUAUUUUCCUAUUUCUCUUGUCAAACCUCUUGUCUGUUGUAAGAGAUUAAAUUAUUGUCAUUGGUCG